GGGCCUGGCGGCUGGACGGGCGCCCUCGCCGCCCCACGCGCUCCUCGCUGCCCCCCCAUGAGCGCAGCCCCGCGCGGCCCAGGUCCGUAGCGGUGGGGCGCCCCCUAUGCUGCUGCAGCCCGCGCCGUGCGCCCCGAGCGCGGGCUUCCCGCGGCCCCCGGCCGCCCCCGGCGCCAUGCACGGCUCUCAGAAGGACACCACGUUCACCAAGAUCUUCGUGGGCGGCCUGCCCUACCACACCACCGACGCCUCGCUCAGGAAGUACUUCGAGGGCUUCGGGGACAUCGAGGAGGCCGUGGUCAUCACCGACCGCCAGACCGGCAAGUCCCGCGGCUACGGCUUCGUGACCAUGGCGGACCGGGCAGCAGCUGAGAGGGCUUGCAAAGACCCCAAUCCCAUCAUCGAUGGGCGGAAGGCCAAUGUGAACCUGGCAUAUCUGGGUGCCAAGCCCCGGAGCUUGCAGACGGGCUUUGCCGUUGGCGUGCAGCAGCUACACCCCACGUUGGUCCAGCGGACUUAUGGAUUUCUUCCCAGCAGCUGGACAUCUCCAGAAAGUUCUAAGUGGGAGCUCGCUGCCUUCAGCCUGCCCUUCCCUCGUGCCCCCGCGGAGUCACAGCCCUGGGCCUUCCCUGAGCUGCAUCCGCCCCUCCCGCCAGCAAGGAUCCAGCAAGGAACCAGGGGCCCCUCCUGCCCCCAGGCACUGGGCUUCAGGCGGAGGGAAGAGGACACCCGAGAGGAGGAGACCCAGGUGGCCUCUGGGAAGAGUCACUGCCAGCAGCGAUACCACUCGUAUGUCCGUCACUGCUGGGCCCCAUGGAUGCCAAAGCUUGGGGCGGGCAUCUGCCUGCCAUUUGCUGCCCUCUGCCCUCUGCCCUCUGCCCAGGACCUAGAGAAGAGCCUGCCACCUGCUCGCUGCUCGGCAGGUGUCCCUGAGCACUGCACCCCGUCAGCUCCCGGCUGUGGGUUGUCCUCCUGCUGCAGGGGACACAUCUGGCUUUUGUGGGGCUUGAUGUUCAGACAAAUUUGGGCCCCAUCUUUAAGAACCUGGAGAUGGAGUUCUGUACAAAGCCAGCCUGGGGCCUUGUGCCUCAGCUGAAGGUAAACCCGCUCCAGCUGAGCGGAACCACGUCCCAGGGACGGAACCGCGUGCAGAGGAGCCGGCUGCAGACCUGGGGAGAAGGGCGAGAGGGUCUGCACCACAGCUUGGCGGGGAUCAAGGAGUGCUACAGAACCCAGGGCCCAGCCAGGAAGUGACGUGAGGGACACGUGUGGCCCUGCUUUCCCAGGGAUCUGGGAAGAGAGCCAGAGAGAUGACCGGUUCCAGCAGGACUGAACCCUCUGCCAGCCGGUGCUUUCCCACUCGUUGCUGGCCCCCACACCCCCUGUUGGCCACCAGGAAUGUGUCACCGCAGUCUUGGGGUCCCUGGGAAGGCUCCUCAGGCCUGGCUGGAAGCUUCCUUCCUCCCGGGCCCUGGGUGGGAACCUGCCCUCCUGCAGCCACCGCCAGCCCCUUGCUUCACAGAUGAGGCCGGGACAGGCUCCUGGGCCUGGGCCAGCAGGCUGGUGCUGCCCUCGGUGACUUGAGGACACAGGCCUGGAUCCAGCUGCUGCACAGACUGCUCCUCCACCAGCUGCCUAAACCCUGUCCCUGGGGAAGGGUGCCCUGGUCCCAGCCUGCCUGGGAUCCGGGCAGCCCUCUUCGAGGCGGGUAGAGCCAGUGCCUGCGACCUUCUCUCUGGCGCUCAGUGGCCCCUGGCUGGAGGAGGAAACCACAGCUCAGGUGGGUGCCUGACGUGCCAGGACCACUCAGCUACACCCUGGCAUAGCUGCCACCAGAGCCCAUGUCUCUCUGCUCUAGAAACUGCUGGGAACAAGGCCUGUCCUCUUGAGUGGUGCCCGCGCUGGCCCUGGGCGUGGUGGGCACCACAAGCUUCAUGCUGGACCAGUGGCUGAGGUGCACGUAUGAGCCCCCUCCCCUGCGAGGUGGGCCAGGGGGAGGCACUGCUCAUGCCUCUGCAUGGUUCUGGUAUCCUGCAUAGCUGGGCAGGCAGCGGGUGUCCAUUAAGUGCAUCUGGAGUGAACUGAAUAAACAGGCGCCCAAGCUUUGGGGACCGUCA